GGGGGGGGGCAAAACAGAAUAAUAUAUGGACUCCUCCCUAGACCAUAGUGAAGCUUCACCCCAGGUGUUUGAGCAUGGCACUUUAUUCCUGAGAAUUGCGAGUUGCUACAUCCAACUUUCUUGCUCGGUUGCUAAAGUUCUAAAUACUUAACUUUAUCAACAUUUAAAUAAUAACUGUAUCUAGCAUCUAAAGAACUAUUAUUAGGUAGGUACCAACUUUUCAUAACUCUCGUUACAAAUUGUUUAGAUUUCCUUUUUUUUUAAAUUAUGGUUUGCCAACGAGAUAGUUAACAGAACCUAUAACACAACUCACGAACCUUGAAAGUCGGGAAUAUAAAUAAAUAAGUAGGUAGGUAGGUACUAAAGUAUCACUAAGUUCGAACAUUUUUUCUAGACAAUAUAUUAUUUUAUGUAUAAAUCGAUCGAUAAUUAUUCUGUAUAGGUAUUUAGGAAGGUAUUUAAUACGUAGGUAUUCGCAUACUGAUUUCUACAAAAAGUACUACUUCGCGUCCAAGGUAAAUUGCAUAUAUAUAAUACAUUUUCUUAUCUAACUCAGUUAUUUUUUUAUGGAAGCUUAAUUGAUUUUUUUGGUCUAUACCUACCUGAAUUUACAUACCAAUUAAUGUCAUACUUAUGUCAUAAGUUCAUAGCACACUUUUUUAUUUUUUGUAACGUGUUCAUAUUCUUGAACACUUAGGUAGGUACCUGUUACAUGUACAAUAUUAUAGUACAGGCAAUUUAUUGAUUCCCUACAUUUUAAGAGUCAGUACCUACCUGUAUUAUACUGCUAUCAUAUUAUCAACAAAUAUUUUAUUAAAAAUAGGUACCUACCUACAACUUUUUCAGGGAAAAAAUCUGUUAUCUUGAGAAAUUAUUGGGCAGUACAUCAUGGAAUUGCCUGUAUUUGGUAACAAAAAAGUAAACAGUACUCAGAAUCAAAAUCGAAAGAAAAAGAAAGUUUUAAAACCAAUACGUGUUCAUACAUUGUCGGCCACCAGAAGAAGACAAUGCACAUCAAAUACACCAUAUCAAACCACUUAUUCUAGCCGUACUGGAGCUCAAUCAAAAGCAUCAAAUGUCAAUAAUUUACUAAUUAGCGAUCAUAUAUUGCGUAUCAAAAAACUCGAGAAUGAACUGAUUGAAGCAAAUAUGAAAACGCGAGAACUGAUCGUAGAAAACCGUUUAUUGAAAACACUAGAGAAGCGGUACGAAAAUGCAUUAUCUAGGUAUGAAGGUAAACAAGCCAAAUUACCACAAGCAAUUAAAUCAUAUGAAGAGGAAAUACGCACAUUAAAUAGCCAGAUAUGUAACUUCAAAAUUGCAUUAAAAGAAAUGGAAAAUAGAUAUAAAUCACAGAACAUUGAAUCAAUAGCUUUACAAAAACGGUACAAACACCUUUUAAUCCUAUCUCAGAAUAAACAGCUUAGUAAAAAAGAAAAACUAUCAGAUCAGUUAGAAGAAGCAUUAAGUACAAUAAAAAAACAAGAUGAUAAAAUUUUGAAUAUAAUGAAAAAAUUAGAACUUCAAAAUAAAUCUCAUAGUUACCAUAUGAACUUAGAAAAUAUUAAAAUCAAAGAAUUACAACACGAAGUCAAACGUUUAGAAGAUGAAAACAAAAAUCUAAGAUCAUGUUUGGAUAAACUUAAGACUAAAGACUAUGGUUCAAGACAAAGCUUUAGAAAAGGAAUAACUGAAGAUUCAAUAAGCAUAGUAUCUCGUGUAUUAAAGCCUAUAUCAACCAUACAUGAUGGACAAGGUGAUGCAAUAGAUGAAUCUUUUUACAAAACUAAUGGGUCAAUAUCCCUUAAACCAGAAACAUUUAAUGAAGAUUCUGAAGAGAACAGUAGAUAUUCAUCAAAAAGUUACAAAAUGAAUACAAUUAGGCAGAUAAAAAAUAAUACAAUAAAAUCUUCUAGUGCUGUGAUAAAUAAAAAAUCAUAUUCAUCAACAAAACCGAGCAGUAUGUCUUGGGUAGACAAUGAUCUGGCUAAGUUGACAAAAGAAAGUGAAUCACGAUUAUUAAAAACCGUAAAAGAUGAUUUUGAAAAAAAAACCCAACAUAAAACUGCUGCUUUAAUUCAAUUACCAGGAACAUCCAUGUCUAGGGCACAAAAAGACAUACUAUUAGCAAAAUUAAAUCAAGUCAGUGAGGAUCAAGAUAAUUAUGAAAAUUAUUUUAAGUCAAAACUAUUAAGACAGCCAAUCAACAAAAGAUACUCCUCAUCAUAUGAUUCUGACAACAUAAGUGGUGAAUCUUCAAAUAGUGAUAAUUCACAGGAAUAAUCAAAUAUUAAAUAAAUGUUUUAUGCAAUGUAUAUAUGUAUUGCUGAUAAUAAAUAUAUUUUUUUAUUUUAUAA